AUGGAAGAUAAAGAAUACGUUGAAGUGUCAGUCAAGAUAGCAGAAAAAGAACUGCCUGAUUUGAAGAAAUUUGUUGAAGAGCGUUGCGGAGAGAUUAAAGUAAUGGAAAAUGCGGUGAAUGGUACCAAUGGUACGCAGUGUUGUUUGUUUAUUUCACUCAUGAAUGUUAUGUGUUUUGAGAUGUUUUAAGCCUCCUCCAUUAUAGUUUAAACUGCAAAAAUUUAGAUUUAGACCUUGUGGAACUGACACUGAAUUUUAGGAGCGAUUUAAGACAAGAAUGGUCUUAACCUUUUCCACACAGGAAAAAGCACGUGUAAUGAAGCGACAGAAGCUACCGAAGCUACAAACGCUCAAACGCAAGUCGUGGAGAUUACAGACGAAGCAGAUCAAGAAGCCGGUGCAGCUAAGAAGAAUACGGAAGAUGUCAUUCUUUUACCGAGGGAAAUCGCUUCAAAAGUUUCGAGAUGGCUCCUCACAAAAGGGGUUUCCCAAACAUUCUUUGCUAAAAGGGUAGUGAAUAGGUCCCAAGGUUCUUUCUCAGACUACAUCACAAAAGCGCCAAACGAGCUGCCAAAAACACAUGGCCGGGCAAUAUGGGUAACCUUGAACGCUUUUCUAAACGACCCCAAACAGCAAGCCGCAUUGAUCGAUGAAUACAAGAAAGGUAAAUAUCUAUUUAUAGUUGUUGUAUUUACAUUCUUUUAUAAUAAAGUGAAAUAUCAUUGCUCGUCACCUUCUUGGUGACAAUAUUUAUAGCAUGACACCUUUACCACCGCUGACGGUUAGGCUCGACCACUGUAAGUCAUUGAAUGACAAAAGGUUAGUAUAGGGUUUCUUGACUAAAUUAAUUUUUGCUUUAAAUUAUUUUAGUGUCAAAAUCACGGAGGAAAGAAAUUGAUGAAAGUGACAAGCCUCCAAAAAGGCGGUUAAACGAUACAGCGACCUCGAAUUAUCCACGCUAG